AAAAAUUGAUAUCAUCCGUGGAAGAAUGAAUUAUCUAUUAUCUUCAAGUUUUGUAUUUUGGUUAACAAUUGGUCUAAUUUUGGGAGAAAAUUCAGCUUAUGCUGCACCAUUUGACCCCUAUGAGUUUGAAAUUCAAUCAGCACCAAUUAUUUAUCGACGCUCUCUAAUUAACAACUUGCCUAUGUUGUCUCCACAAAUAGUUGCUCGUCGCAGUGUUCACCCCUGUAGAUGGAAGUUGUGUGGUGCUUAUAGCAAUUAUAAUACUUUGGGAUAA